AUUCCCAGUAUCCUCCGCGUGAGCGGCGCGGCCCAGACCGGAAGUGACGUAAUCAGACGCUGGGAGCCGGUGGCUGUACGAAACGGAGCAGCAAAAUAAAUCCGGUUCUGCCCCAGUAGUGACCCCCAGACCGGUCCAGGCUCCGGGAGAUUUUCCUGACGUGUUGGUGUUGAUGAACGAAAUAACCUCUUUGACGGGUGGCCCUGUGUAUGUGUCCUGUGCCACGACGGUCAGCCGUACAGACGAGUGGAGGCCAUCCUGACCUCGGUCUGCACCGUGAGCAGAUAACAGAGCGGGAAUCCAUUCCAGAGCGGAAAAUAAAAUGAUUGUAGUCCCCACUCUACCAUAAAAGUAACAGUCAGUGGAGCACCUACAGUUGUUGUGUCUUAUAGAUUCUUGGGCAGAAGCUAUACAGACUGAGUUUAAGCAAAGCAAGUAUGGCUGAGGAUCCAGGUAAAGCGGGUUCAGGUGAAGGGGAAAGAACCGCAGAAAAUGCCUGUCACAAUAGGCUGGACGAUUCCGAAACUGGGAAUCUACGUAAACGACUGAGACAGGGAACUGAAACCCCCAGCACUGGAAGCACUCCUUCAUCUACGCCUCCCAAACUGGUCUCAGCAGAGGAGCUAAUUGAAGCAGAAAAAGGGGUCUGUAAGUUGGCUCUUGCUCAUGAGAUAGUAGUCGACGAAAGUUUUAGAAUCAAACAGCGAGACCCAGCAGAGGGCAGUUUUGAGAAGACAGUUGGGGAUAUUGUGAAAAAAGCUUUCUGGGAUUGUUUACAAGCACAAUUAAGUGAGGAACCGCCAGUUUAUGACCAUGCAAUCCAUCUUCUAAGUGAGAUUAAAGAGAGUCUCUUGUCAUUCUUGCUGCCUGGUCACACCCGGCUGAGGAACCAAAUCAAUGAGGUUCUGGAUCUGGAUCUUAUAAAACAAGAGGCUGAGAAUGGUGCUCUGGAGAUCCCGAGACUAGUUGACUUCAUCAUUGGGAUGAUGGGAACUCUGUGCGCACCUGUCAGGGAUGAGGAGAUCAAGAAGAUCAGGGACAUCUGUGAUGUGGUGGUAUUGUUUAGGGAGAUUUUUGGUGUGCUUGAUCUGAUGAAGCUGGACAUGGUGAAUUUCACUAUCAGCAGUAUUCGACCACACUUAAUGCAGCAAUCGGUUGAAUAUGAGCGAAAGAGAUUUCAGCAAUUAUUUGACAAGCAGCUGAAUGGGCUGGAAAUCACUACCAAAUGGUUGCAAGAAGCAGCCAGUGAUGUGCUGAGCGCUGACUCCGAGUCUGCAGUGGGUGCUGGAGCUCCUGCUGCAGAGAUUCCUGCGACUUCAGUGUUAAACCAUGCUUAUCUUACACUGCUGAGGUGGGAUCACGCCGGCAGGCUUUUCCCAGAGACCGUGCUGAUGGACCAAACCCGUUUCCAGGAAAUGCAGAUGGAAUUAAAUCAAUUGACCAUAAUAGCGGCAGUUCUUCUGGUGACAUACAACAUGACUGGUGUAGCCAUAUCAGGGCUCUCAGGAUUUCUGGACAAGCUAAAGAAGAUUAUUAAAGUCUUAUUGACAGGCAUGCAUACCCCUUCCUUUCAACUGAGUGAGGCUCUGGUCAGUGUGAGUGAGCAGAUCUGUGUGGAAGUAACUAACUGCUUAUCUCAACAUGGGUUUACACCCCUGACUGUUGAGAGAAAAGGAGUGUUAAAAGGUCAAAUCCAGGCAAUAUCUAAUUUGGACAACUCAGUUCGCAAAUUAAUAGAUUCGCGCAUCCAGACUUUCCUGAAGACGUAUCUUGUGUCGAUCAACCCAAAGACCAUCACAGCCCCUGGUGGUCUUGGUCCCAUUGGUACUGAGCUGGAAGAAUUGACUGUCAAAUUUACUCGCCUGAUAAACUACAACAGGCUAGUCUUUAGCCCUUACUAUGAUACUGUCUUGACUAAAAUACUCAAAGGGACUGACUCUGAAGUUCCAGGAAUAAGUGAAAAGGAACAACUGUCCUCUCAGGGAUAAUUUAUUGAAUACAGUAAACAUUUAAGAGACGGUAUUCCUUGCUUCUUCCUCGGAACACUCCGCAGAUCAUAAGAGUUAGGCUGAGAAGGUUCUGUUUGGGUUUGGGGAAAAAAUCAUAACAAGAUGAUUUCCCUUUAUUUUGUUGACAUUGGGAUUUCAUUAGAAUGAAUAACUCUGGUUCAGUGGGCUUUGGUCAAACCUUAGUAAAGCACCUCCUGCAGACAGCUGCUGUCCAAGCAGUUCAAGAUCAUCUCCUUUGAUCGAGCCUCUCUCCAGAGCUCGAUGAUUGCACAUUGAGGUCUCAACUCCUGUGGUGUAUGGAAGAUGAAAGAUUAUCUAUUUGAGUACGACUCUCAAUUUUGAGUUAAAGCAUCUUCUGCACUCUAUCCUCCAUCUUCUAGUCACUUGUCUGGAAGGGGCAUACAUAGCACAGUGUUGCUAUCUUCUUUAUUAUACCAGUCAAAAUAGGCAGAGAUCUCAAAAUUAGACCACAUACUCUAAUAGUGCAGGGAACCAGUAAGGGUCAUGUAGAUGCCAGAAUAUUUUAAAAAGGGAUAUCACAACUCCUCCAAUGACUCUGUUUAUCCAGUCAUGGAACCAGUUGGAGAAAGAAUAACACUUGGAUUGUCUGUGUAGGCCAGAUGGUUUUGUAAGAUUUCAGUUUAUGCAUUUGUGACAUUGAAACAAACACUGAUUAUAGUAAUAAAUCUGCACAAGACACUAGAUUUAUCACUGUAAUAACCCAAACUACAACACCAUCUGUAGCACAAUUUUAUAACUGGAUAAUAAAAGCAAAGUAAAUAUUUUAAUUCUACUAGCCCCAAUGCCCAUCUUUUUUCUCUCUAUUCUAUUUAUUUAUGGACUUCUCUUUUCUAUGCCCUAUUUCUACAGCAACCUCACUUGGAAGCCCUUACAUUAACUUGUUUGUUCCUCCUGUUUUCCAUGAAGCAUUUUGAAGGAGGAAGUAACUUUCAAACAAAUGUUCACAUUGGUUAAGAAUAGCUCCAAAGCAUUUAGCAACUCAAAAAACUGCGACUGUGAUGAUUGACAUUGUUGUGUGAUAAGAUUCAACCAGGUUGAUGUGCGUGUCUCUAUUUAUAUGUAAAAACUGGAAGAGGUUGCUGGAUGAGGAUACUAGCCAUUGGCCACAGAGUGCUGACAGUAAAACUCUUCUGUAGUCGCUAAAAGUUAAGGGUUACUAUAUUCUGCGGAUUUAGAUUUUCAAUAAAUCUUAGUGUGUGCAAAAGUAAGGAGUACUGUCAUCUUAAAUGGAAGCAUUUACUUCUGCACAUAGCAGCCAAACCAAUUCUUAGUACUUCUAUUAUCCUCUUCUGGCUGUGUCUUACAGUAUUUUAUCCACAUAAUUCCAGGCUUAGUAUGUUGCAUGUCUCUUGUAUAUGUGCAUGAGGCUUCUUUGGAAUUGAUGUGCAUUAUAUUAACUACACCCGGCAGUUGAAUAAUUUAAAUACCUCUAAGCAUUUUUAUGGAACAGGUUUGUUUGGAGAAGAGAAAAUACUUUUUUUUCAAAUUUCUAAGAAAUUUGCAAUACAACACAGUAAACCGUGAUGAUGUACAAUAUUUAAACAAAACAAGUAUAACCUGAUGUGUAAUAAAGUUUAUCUGUGUCAUUUUGGCCUUAUUAAAGUGAAUUACUAUAUAGUCUGGGCAAUUAAAUGGGUCGUGUAUAAAAGAUUAAGGGGGAAAUCCUAACUGUUGGAAAAUUGACAGUUUUUAAACAUUACAAAAUAUACUCUUCUACAGGGAUAUGUGUUAGUGGUCUAGGUCAUAUACAAUGAGGGUAGAGUAAGUGUACAAAUAAAGAAUCUAACAUUAAA